CAAAAGCCUACCUCAAGUGUGCUGCAUCCGACGAGUUGCAAGACACAUUGUAGCUUUCCACAAUGCGCUCCUUCUAUAUCGCAACUGUUGGUCUACUCGCCUCAGUGGUUGGUGCAACGCUUCAGAUCGUACCUGGCGCGACAUGGACAGCAACCAACACAGGCCAGCACAUCCAGGCUCAUGGCGGCGGCAUGAUCAAAGUUGGCUCGAAGUGGUACUGGGUUGGUGAAGACAAGACAAACGGCAGCGCAUUCCAAAACAUCAACUGCUACUCGUCGACCAACCUGGUAGAAUGGAACUACGAAGGCGCGUUGUUAUCCCGGACGGCAUCUGGUGACACAGGCCCUGACCGGGUCAUCGAGCGACCCAAGGUCAUCUACAAUAAGAGCACGAACAAGUAUGUGCUGUGGAUGCACAUUGAAAGCUCGAACUAUGGAGAUGCAAAGAUCGGUGUUGCGGUAGGAGACUCCGUGUGUGGCAAGUACACGUACCUCGGCAGUUCAAGGCCACUGGGUUUCCAGAGUAGAGAUUCGGGCGCGUUUGUGGAUGACGAUGGCAAGGGAUAUAUGUUGACCGAAGAUCGUGAGAAUGGCCUCCGUAUCAAUCUCCUCUCCAACGACUAUACUCAAGUCGUAUCUAACGUCCAUACCUGGGCUGAGAAAUACGAGGCACCCGCACUCAUCAAGAAGAAUGGUGUCUACUUCAUGUUCUCGUCGCAGCUCACAGGAUGGAAUGCGAAUGACAAUAUGUAUAGCACCGCGACAUCCCUCUCUGGGCCAUGGUCUGCCUGGAAGAAGUUCGCCGACUCCGGAUCGAACACAUAUUCCUCUCAAACGACGUUUGUCCUCCCGAUUGGAGACAACUUCAUGUACAUGGGCGACCGAUGGGUCAGCGACAACCUGAUGCGAAGCACGUACGUCUGGCUCCCACUACAGAUCUCCGGCACGACGGCGACCAUGAAAAAUGCCGUCAAUUGGGUCGUCGACCCCGCAUCAGGAUCGAUGACUGGAGGUCCAAGUGAGACGCAGUACGAAGGCGAAUCUGCUACGCUCUCCAACGGCGCCCGCUCCAUUUCCUGCUCGACGUGCUCGAAUUCGAACGCUGCGGGCUACAUCGGCGGUGCGAGCCAAGGUAUGGUUGUGUUCUCUAAUGUAAAUUCUGCUGCAACGACCAGGACGACGAUCCGUAUCAAGCACCUCAACGGCGAUUCAGCCCAGAGGUAUGCGGAUGUCAGCGUGAACGGAAAGACGCAGAGGCUGGCGUUCCUGCCGCACGGAGGAGGAGAUCCUGCGUCGAGCAGUUUGCAUGCAGACUUGAAGCAGGGUGCGAAUGAGAUCAAAGUCGCGAUAGCUGGAACUUGGGGGCCCGAUGUGGAUCGUUUGAUGGUACCGCAAUCGUAG